CGCAGGCGUAGCAAUCAUGCAGUUCAAAUACCGACGGAUCUGAGCCGCCGCCGCCUCCUCCGUCAAGGUUACGAAGACGCCCCAGCAUCCCUCACCUUCCCCCCCGCCACCACCACCCACCACCUCACACCUUCCCCCCCGGACUGCCCCACCAUGUCUGUGGAGGAGCGUGGACACCCCGACGCGAUGCUGCUGCUGCGGCCGGACAAGGAGGCUCCCCCACGGCCGGAUGAGUGGAUGCGAGCCGAGAUCCAGCGCCUGGCCCGGGAGCUGAGCCAGACCACGAAGGAGAAGAUCCAGGCGGCGGAGUACGGGCUGGCGGUGCUGGAGGAGAAGCAGCAGCUGAAGCAGCAGCUCGACGACCUGGAGACGGAGCAGGAGGCCGUGAGGCAGGAGCUGGACCAGCUGAGAGAGGCCUUUGGACAAGCGUACUCCAACCACAGGAAGGUGGCAGCAGACGGAGAGAGUCGCGAGGAGUCGCUAAUCCAGGAGUCGGCCAGUAAGGAGGCCUACUACGAGCAGAGGGUCCUGGAGCUGCAGACCGAGCUCCGCCAGGCACGCAACAUCCUCACCAACACCCAGUCUGAGAACGAACGUCUGGUCACCAUCUCCCAGGAGUUGAGAGAGAACAGCCAGAUGGUGGAGCUGCAGAGGAAUCAGCUGCGGGAUGACAUCAAGGAGUACAAGUUCCGGGAUUCUCGUCUGCUGCAGGACUACACCGAGCUGGAGGAGGAGAACAUCUCGCUGCAGAAGCAGGUCUCCGUGCUCAAGCAGAGCCAGGUGGAGUUUGAGGGUUUGAAGCACGAGAUCCGUCGUCUGGAGGAGGACACUCAGUUCCUGAACAGCCAACUGGAGGAUGCCAUCCGCCUGAAAGAGAUCGCUGAGCGUCAGCUAGGGGAGGCCCUGGAGACCAUCAAGACUGAGCGUGAGCUAAAAGCGUCCCUGAGGAAAGAGCUUUCCCACUACAUGAACAUCGGAGACAGUCUGUACCACAGCCCACUGAGCAUCUCUCUGGAUGGCCUGAAGUUCAGUGACGAUGCCGGCACCGAGCCCAACAACGACGAGGCUCUCCAGGGUUACGAGAACGGCUUCAUCAAACUGGCCAACUCUAUCGCUGAGAACAACCGCGGCUCCACGCCCAUGGACGAGUUGUUCUGUCCUAUUCCCAGCCUCGUGGAUGACCUGCUGAGCGAACUUAACAUCUCGGAGAUCCAGAAGCUCAAACAGCAGAUGAUACAGAUGGAGCGUGAGAAAGUCAACCUGAUGUCCAACCUGCAGGAAUCCCAAAAGCAGCUAGAGCAGGCCAACGGUGCUUUGUCAGAGCAUCAGGAGAAGGUCAACCUCCUCACAGAGAACCUCAGCACCAUCCGCAAGCUCCAGGCAAACAAGGAGCGCCAGUCCGCUUUGGACAACGAGAAGGAACGAGACAGCAACGAAGACGGAGACUACUACGAGGUGGACAUCAACGGACCUGAGAUCCUGGAGUGCAAGUACAAGGUUGCUGUGUCCGAGGCAGGGGAGCUGAAGGAGGAACUGAAGACUCUGAAGGCAGAGUACCAGGCCUGUCAGUCGCGGUACGAUGAGGAGCGCACCCGUCUGGAGAACGACGUCACAACACUGGGAGCCAAGCUGGGGACUUUGGAGAAGACCAGUCAGGCAGAGAAGAAUGAGAAGAACAAGCUAGAGAAGGAGCUUCGCAAGAUAAGCGACGUGGCGGGUGAGUCCCAAGGCAGCCUGAGUGUGGCCCAGGAUGAGCUGGUCACCUUCAGUGAAGAACUGGCCACCCUCUACAACCACGUCUGCAUGUGCAACAACGAGACGCCCAACCGCGUCAUGCUCGACUUCUACAAGCAAGGUAAGGGCGGUCGGAGCAGCCCAGAGGGCCGCGGCCGCCGCUCCCCCAUCCUGCUCACCAAGGGCCUCUUCCCCGAGCCCAGUAGGACUGACCUCAGCGACCCUUCAUCGCUCUCCCCCCUGACUUCUCCUGUAUCCGACUCCCGACGCGAGCCUAUGAACAUCUACAAUCUGGUGGCCAUCAUCAGGGACCAGAUCAAGCACCUGCAGCUUGCCGUGGACCGCACCAGCGACCUGUCGCGGCAGAGGUCGGCCUCUCUGGAGCUCGGCACGGUGGCCGACAAGGACAAGGAGGCCUGCAUGCAGGAGAUCCUCAAAUUGAAAUCUCUGCUCAGCACCAAGCGGGAGCAGAUUGCCACCCUGAGGACUGUCCUCAAGGCCAACAAGCAGACAGCUGAAGUCGCCCUGACCAAUCUGAAGAGCAAGUACGAGAACGAGAAGGCCAUGGUGACCGAGACCAUGAUGAAACUGAGGAAUGAGCUCAAGGCGCUGAAGGAAGACGCCGCCACCUUCUCCUCUCUCCGAGCCAUGUUCGCCACACGUUGUGACGAGUACGUGAACCAGCUGGAUGAGAUGCAGAGGCAGCUGGCUGCAGCGGAGGAUGAGAAGAAGACCCUGAACUCGCUGCUGCGGAUGGCGAUCCAGCAGAAACUGGCCCUGACUCAGCGCCUGGAGGACCUGGAGUUCGACACUGAGCAGACCCGCCGUGGAGGCACCGCCAGCCGCGUGAGAGCCCGCAGCAAAGCCGCCAGCGCUGCCAUCAACCACCCCCACGUAAGUCAGAGUCUCUCCUGCUCUGGCACCAACCGCCCAGAGCUCAACAACGCCGUGCCCAAUGGCAUUCUGGGAGGCCCUGUGGUCUUCUGCAGCGAGAAGUACAAGAUCUACUGCGACUGAGGCGGACAAGGCUUCUGCAAGGGACUGCUGUGUACAGAGGGGGGGGGGCGCCUGGUGGCCGAACCCUCCCUGCCUUAGUGUUUAAGAGCCCCACCCGCUCGCUUAGCUCCCUGGCCAGCCUGCGCUCCUCUAGGGACUGCUGUGUAACCGGCUGCUCGUGUGUGCUAGUGUCAACGCUUCGGGGAAUGCAGAUGUAUGUACAGUGGUGCACUAGACAUUUGGACUGUAGUAGACAUAUAUGGCAUGUGGAUUAUAGGGCCCCGGUUAUAUUGGGGGUUUUGUGGAUAUUAUGGAGUGUCUAUUCUUUCCGCUGUCGUGGUGCCGUACGUAUGAUGUAAAAGGCGGCCGCUUCUGUGCUGGGUUGUUCUGCCCCCUGAGUGUAUUGCCUGGUAACAGUAACACAUUGUGGGGGUGGGGACUUGUAAAAAGGGGAUGUCAGUUUGAUGCUCUUACUACCAAAUAUGACAUCCUCUGCUCUACGGCUCGUCCGUUGGCAUCGGUGCUCCUUUCAAAAUAAAAGCCCUCUUCUUCUCUCUGCCUCUCCGUCCUGGUCCCCCCCAGGACUGACCUGUGUCCAGUUGCCCACUGUCUAAUCAGGUCACUCUGAAAUGUUUACAAGAAGAAAAAGAAAUAUGCAAUCUCCCCCUGCGUUCGUGCACGGGGAGCACAAAAUGAUUCUACACCGAGAUUCUAAAACUUGCGAGUGGGUUUUCUGGUGUAAUUGUUUUGGGCCAAUAAGGAGCACCUGUGACCACGGGUGUUUAUAUAUCAGGAUGGUUUCGAAGCUGUGAUCGUAGCACACCAAUACAAUAGGGUUGGUAGAAUCGCAUGGCUUUGCAGCUAAAAAAACGCUUUUGAACUGUUUGUUUCUGUGUGUGGUACAAGACAAAUGUACUGCAGGGCUCUACAUUGUAAAAAGAGGAGUGAUAUUUGGUGUCAGGUGCGAUGCAGGAGGGCUCUCUAUUCCAUGUGACCCACUACGUUGCGAUGGAUUGGUGCCUCAGGUUGCUACUUCUGUUGAAAUGCUAUAAUGAGUGCUGUGAACAGAGAUACAAUAUAGUUUUGAUCAAAGAUGAUUUUUUAAAUAUGGAGCAAAUCCUAGAAGAGCACAAAUCAAUAAAAAGCACCCACAUCUAUUCUGGAUGAUAAAUGGGGGAAAAAAAACAAGCAACCACGCGGCAACAAAGUGCCUGUCGACCCAAACACUCGAUAUAUUUAUCUAUCUGCUGAUGUAAAGCCCUGUCCUGUCCUGUGUCUCUACUUGAGCUCACUCUGUCCUCACUUCUCCGUCUCUCUCUCCCCCCCACCCCUCUAUCCUCUCUCUGUUUUUGAAGAGCUCUGUGUGUUGAUGUGGACGAAAACACUUUUUCCUCACGUCUCUAAUCUGUGUCUUGUCACUCGGUCGCCAUAACGACCCUCUCUCUUGUAGAUUGUCAGCAGCUUGCUCCUGCAGCAUCACCACUCACCCUUUAAAUAGAAUGAGGACUUGUGGGUGAAAAUUGCCCGCCGAGUAUUUUUUGUCAGGUAAAGUCCUCACGUGCAUUGUGUUCUUGAUUUUGUUUUUGUUGCCUGUUUGUAUAUCAGAGUUGAAAUGAAGCGCCCUCAUGUGUGUGUCAUGUUUUUAACCUUUGCAAAUGGAGGGACGCUCAUUUCUUUUGUCUUCAGUUUGGUGAGUGAGGACACAGCGACGUACUGUUUUAGUAUCCACACAAUAGCUUUAACCCCUCGCAAGCUAGCAUUACGCAAAUAGGAAAAAACUACAAGUGGGGCUUGUGUUCAAAUCCAUGUAUUUCUUGUGGAUCAUAGACACGUUAGCUUUACGAUGCUGAAAGCAGGGUUGAUGUGAGGAAAAUCCUGCAAGAUUGAUCAAAUUAGAAGUUUUCUACUACUACUAAGCUAUAUAUUGUACUCUAUAUUCUUAAUAUGAUCAUGUUCAGGUUAUAAUCUUGCAGGAUCCUACGACAGUAUUCCCUCCUCUCAGAUAUGAAGAGAGGAGAGUUCCUUUAUGCCUCUGAAAAUGGAACGACGACCCCAGUCAACCCUGCUUGAGUGUGCAUUCAUAAGCCACAGCACACAGCAUGGACGUUAGAGAUAGAGAAAAAAACCUAAUGCAGCCUCCUGAGAGGUCAAUCACUCUUACGUUUGUGAUUCACUUAACUUACAAGUGCGAUAUAUUCAGUUUCUAUCAGUUUGCGCUGACAGAGAAAAGGUUCGGGGAGUAGUCGAGGGAGAACUACUCGUGGUGUAAACCAGCUCCUGGGAGAGGGAGCGAGGAGAUAAGAAAAAGCUAGACAUGCUGGUGAGGAGAGCCAGAUGUCCGACUGAGAGCUGACUCUCAUACUGUAGUGAAUGAGUUUCCUAAGGGAGAAACUCACUGUGGAGGAAGAGACUAGUUGAACAAUCAACCAGAGGACAUUGAUUCAAAUUAGUCGAGCCCCUGACCCCUGACCCCUUCUCUCCCCUUGUAUAGGCUCAGUGGGAUCACUGAGCAGUAGAUAGACCCCAGGAUGGGAUUGUUACUAGAACCCCCUUCUCUCACCGAUAAUGAAUCCCCACUUUGCUCCAUCUGGUUUGAAAUCAAUGUCUGGCCCCUACCUCUGUUUGCAGGCUCCGCCCACUUCACCUUUCAGUUUCACUACCCAUGAUGCAUUUAGUUUCUGAUUUCAAAUAAGCCUGCAUGUGUAAAAGAAAAAAAACCAUUACCUGUUUUUCAUGUACUUGCAUGGCACAAGAGAAAAACUCAUCUCCUCUGACACCGGGUGGCGGGUUGUGGCUUCAGCUCUGUCCUAUGAAUGAAAAGGUUGUGGUACUUGUGAGUCGUUGGCUUCCUAACUGCACCUGCAGGGUGACUCGUGUUCAAUGUGCUUUCACACCAGCUCCUCAGAAACGUAUAGGCGAGGUCGAUUUGACCCGAACGCUCCUGACAUGACAUCACUCGCCUCCGGGGCUCCUGCCUAGCGUCGGCUUCUGUUCCUCUGACUAACCACAGCCGGCCUUUUGCUGUGUGUGUGUGUGUGUGUGGCUCAUGUUAACAGUUGCUCUAAAUUGAUCAAUAGUUCUAACGCUGAUCAUCUGUUUCUUCAUUUUUGCAGUAAAUUACAAUAGCGCCUCACGGACGACGAAGCACCGACACAAGAUCCAUUCUCACAGCCGAUAAAGUUAAAGGAUUAUUAGCACUGUAGACGAUUUGGACUUGAAGACUAAAAAAAUAAGAAAAUUGUUAAAAUUUGUAGGUCGGAUCAACUGUCCUUCCUUUUGAACACUAAAGUGAUGCAUGGGAUACUUAGUCUCAUCUGUGCGUGCUGCUGCUGGAAGCCAAUUUCUCACAAGUUCAAUGACCUGGUCGACCUCCUGAACCGGAGGUUGCUAUUGGCUAAUCUAACCCUCCAAUGAGAAGCCAGGGGAGAUGGGUAUUUUCUUAUGUAAAUCACAAUCUUGUGUUUCUUGUUGUUUUAGUUUAUUAUUUUCUUAAUCUGUGCACUUUCAUUAUAUAGGACUAUAACAGACUAUUAUUAACCAAUAUGAAAGCGUGGUAGCACUAUGGUUUGUGAGUAAUUCAGUAUAUAGAUUACACGACUAUAGGAAUAUACGUCCUGCUGAAAAUCGGAAUUAAAGAGACUAUUUACUCCGGUAAGGGCUUCGCAAACCAUAGAGCAGCUAUUACGGCUUCAUCCUCAAGAUUUUAUCCAUGAAAUUAUCUAUUAUUGUUUUGUUACAUCAUAUGUUAUGCUGUUGGUUUUUCUCUUGUGUUUGUUCUACUGCCAUGUUCUCUACAAAAAACUCCAGGGUGAUCAAAUUCUGGGCUUUUUUCAUGUAUUUAUUAUUCCUAGGAAUAGUUCGAAAUAACACAAUGAAACUUGACAACGCUCUGACUCAAAUAGGUAAGUUGUGUUUUGGGGAAAGUUCAAGCGACGUGAAAAGCUUUUCCUAUCUUCCUACCGAGGGCGUUCCACUGAAGCGGGAUCACUGACUCUCAGAAUUCUUUGCAAGUGCAACAAUUAAAUUCCAAAUUGGAAUUGUUUCAUUCUCUCUUUGUUUAUCGUGCCAAAUCUUGGUGCACCGUUUAGGUUGAAAAGAAUCAAGACAGAAAGAAGACAAGCCGUCAGUUACAAAGGUGUAAUUCGGGCCCCGGCUCUCCGUGUGAGUGCCGGGGUUUUUGAUUUUUUGGUUUCUUCAGUUCUUCGUUUCUGACCAAUAGUGCCUUUCAUUGUUUCAAGGGAGAAUCUUAGACUAGUGUUUUUAUGUUUUCAGUUUUUUUUACAUUGGUGAGGACUUCGGGUUCAAAAUGACUGUGAGCAGCAAUAAGUGCAAAGGGAAUUUCAACCCUUUCCGCAUGAGUGAGGUAAUAGUUUUGAAAUUAGCUCAAUAAAACUGAAAUUGUUUUGAAUUCUGCGGGUCAGUGAUCCAUUCAAUAAAUUCAGGGGUAUUAAAAAAGAGGUUGUCUGUUUUUAUCAAACUUUGGGAACCAAACGAAAUCCCUUUGGCCUCCUGUUUUUGAACAAAUGUGUUGGGGUCGAUCGGUGUACUAUUGGAAACAUCUACGUAUCUCUAGCUUUGUUUGGUGAAGGUAAUGUGAUAUCAGUAGUAUUGUGGAAAAAAUGUGCAGAGGGCGCAUUUUAUCCUUCUUUUCGUCCAAUUUGUUUUGUUUGUUUGUUGGUUUGUUUGUUUUUCUAUUCUUGAAUCUUUUUUUACGUCAUCUUUGAGCAUCUUGUGUUUUCAGGAAACAGAAAACAAAAUGGGCAUCAACAAGCAUGAAUAGUGCCAUUACAGCCAAUGCUUGUUUGUUGAGGCGUUAAAGUUACCAAUACGGACGAGAAGCUAAAAACAAAAAGUGCAAUUUAAAUACAGUUUUAAAAAAAGAAAAAGUUUUCUGUUUGCUGGAAGAGAUAGCAUUGUCAUAAUAAAAUUAGCUGUGCGAACUUGAUAUUGUCAUAUUGUGUUUCAGUAUUGAUCCAUAAUGAGGGUUUGAUAUCUUUAUAUGAAAUAACGACUUCACCUGUACGUUGGUAUUUAUUUGAAUUGUCAUGCAGUACUGUAUUCUUAUCAAAAAUGUGCAUUAUGAUUACAGCUAAAUGUCAUAUGCAUGUUGCUCAGUCAUGGGACCUUUACACAGAAUUGAAAACAAACAUAUUAAAUCUUUCUUUCAGGGUGUUAUAAAACAAAAAACGAUGAGGAAGAAGGAAAAGAAAAACGAAAAGUCGAGACGAAAGUCUCAUGUAUUAUUGAUGAAUUAAUCCCAUGAAAGUGUUUUGUUUGUUUUGCAGGAGAGAGGUGGUUUGUCUGUGUAAAGGUAGUCAUACUGGCUAAAAAUCAAUAAAUA